ACGUCUCCUAGAACGCCGCCCCUGCAACAGAAUCCCCGUCAAAAGAAAAUCUGUUUUUUUUUGUCAAAAGUCUCUCUUAUUUCUUUGUUUUUAGUUUUUACUGGCCCUCUGUCUUCCCGGACAAAAAUUCUCAGUCAUUGGGAACCGGAUUUACUUUUGCCGUUUCCCCCCUCUCUCUGUCCUUUCGAAUCCCAAGACCCCUUAAAAAUCUCCAUGUCCAGUAGAUUUUUUGCUGUUCACGGACAACUGUGUUUUCUUUCUUCUUAACCCCUUUGGCUUUCCUCUUUUUCAUUUUUCUUCGUUUGUAACUGUACUUUCUUUCUUUUCACCCCACCUAUUCUCCAUUCCUAGGAGAUAUGGAAGUGGGUUUUCUCUCUCUUUACACCGUGUUGCUGUAAUUUUCAAAUCCAAGACCCAUCAAUCUCCAUUUCUUGAAUUUCCUUUUAUUUCUAUAUUACAGGAAAAUGGAUUUUCUUUCGUUUUCCACCAUGGAAAUGGUUUUUCUUAUUAGACCCCUGUUGUUGUAACUUUCUAAUCCAUGGCCAUUAAUAUCCAUUUCUAGAAGAUUUUUUUACAUUCACAGGAAAGUGGGUUUUAUUUAUUUGUCAGUCCCUGUUGCUGUAUUUUCUUUAAGAAAAGUCCAUUUCUAGGAUCCCCAUUUUCUCAGAGAUGAUUCAGCUAUUAUUUCUGGUUCUUUUCGCUGAGGGUGUGGUGGCAUUGCUUCUGAUGGUGAAGAUUGGUCCCUUGAGGGAGCUUAUGGUCAGGGGCUUAGAUCAGCUCAAGAUAGGCAAGGGCCCAGCGACGGUGAAGACCCUGGCCUGCACGAUGUCACUGAUCUUUGCGUCGAGUGUCACCAGCAUCUUGAAAAUCCAGAACCGUGGGGUGAAGCUCGGGACGCUCACGCCUAUGGAUCAGGUCCUGUGGAGGACACAUCUGCUCGAGGCUUCACUCAUCGGCUAUUCUCUCUUUCUCGGAUUCACCAUUGACCGCUUGCACCUCUAUCUCCGGAAACUGACAGGUCUGAGGAUGUCAGUCAGAGCGUCCAAGCAGGAAAUCGAAAAGCUUCGGAAAGAGCAUCUCCAUCUCAAAGAGAAGGAAGAGAGAGCUUCCAACGAUGCAAAGCUGCUACAGGAAGAAGUCUCCAGCAUAAAAGAGAAGCUGCAGAAACUAAAAGUGGAAGCUGAAGAGAAGGAGAAACAGGUGGCAUCUGCAGAAGCCCACGUUGUUGCCCUUCAGAAACAAUCCGAGGAUCUCCUCCUUGAGUAUGACCGCCUGUUGGAGGACAACCAAAUUCUUCAGAGCCAAGCUCUUGGAUUUCAGGACUUGAGGUAGCCCAUCUUAAGAGUAAUUUGGGAACUACAAUUGCUGGAUUGAGUGUCAAUCAAGAAAAGAAGAACUGGGUUUCUUUUGGGUCGAUCAGAUGUCCCACCGAUCAGAUCGGAUUUGGCUAUGGGAACUGGAAAUUUUCAUGUAGAUGAGCCGAAAGUUGGAAACAAAACACUUGUUCUCCAAGCGGCAUUUCGAAAAAUCUUGUAAUUCCUAAGAAUCUAGGAAGAUUUUCUCAUCUACCCUUUGCAGUGUGUUUUUGUUUUCAUUUGGUUCCAUGGAACAGAGCUGAUUUUGAAUUACAGUGGAAGAAGAUACCUGAGAUAGGAGAGGGAAAUGAGGAUUAUUAAAUGGUCUUUACUUUUAACAUGUUGUCUUGAAAAGGUGCAAGAAAAUUGUCAGUGAA